UCGCCCGGGGGGCGCCGGGCGGCUCGCAGCCGCCUGUCAGCGCGGAGGGGCGGCGCGUGCGUGCUGCGGGGCGCACUCUGACCCGGAGAUGACCUCUCUCCGCGCUCCCUCCCCUGCUGUGAAGAUGGCGCUGUCCAGGGUGUGCUGGGCUCGGGCUGCUCUGUGGGGUUCGGCUGUCGCCCCUGGACCCUUUGUCACCCGGAGGCUGCAGCUGGGCCGCUCUGGCCCUGCGUGGCGAGCCCCUCGGUCUUCAAAGCUUCACCUUUCUCCGAAGGCGGACGUGAAGAACUUGAUUUCUUACGUGGUGACCAAGACAAGAGCGAUGAACGGAUCGUACCAUCGUUUCUUGGGGCGUCAUUUCCCCCGCUUCUAUGCCUUAUACACAACCUUCAUGAAAGUUCCAACGAGAUAUCACCAAGUGUCUCUUCGUCGGCCUCAUCUCCAUUCCGCCCUUUGCCAACUACCUGGUCUUCUUGCUAAUGUGCAGAAUGGCACCCACCCAACGGCACAGGACGUCCUGGCUCUCAGAGACUGCUUCUCUACCUAUCCCUUGGACUUCAGCAGGCUCCAGGCCUCUCAAGUGAGAGCCUUGAGCCGGGCCAUGCUCCUCACCCCUUACCUGCCUCCGCCCUUGCUGAGGCGGCGUCUCAAGAGUCACACCACUGUGAUCCACCAGCUGGACAGGGCUCUGGCAAAGCUGGGGAUUGGUCAGCUGACUGCACAGGAAGUGAGAUCGGCUUGCUAUCUUCGUGGCUUGAACUCUACCCACGUUGCUGACGACAGGUGUCGAGCCUGGCUGGGGGAAUGGCUGCACAUCUCCUGUAGUCUGAAAGAGCCCGAGCUGUCCCUCUUGCUGCACAACGUGGUCCUGCUCUCCACCAACUACCUUGAGACAAGGCGCUGAGUGAACCAUGGAAAGGACAGCAUUGUCCUGCAGUCACCUAGUGUAGUGUGUGGGACCAAGGAGCACCUGCCAGCUGUCUGUGCGCACCACUAGCAUGGUAGGCCGAGGAGCGCGUUCCACGGGCUUCAGAGCACGCUACCCCCUGGGAGCUAUAGACAUUCCUUCACAGCUUGAGCCUAACAAGCCCAUGUGUGCUGCCGUCCCCUAUGCUAACCUGGAACUGGCAAGCAUCUCUGGUACUAGACUUUUAAUGUGAUGUAAUACUUAGGUCCUAUAAAGUCAGCGUUUGCCCAGAUGGGAAUCAUGUGGCCUAAAGUUGACGACUGCCAUGGUUUUGUUUUUAAGGCUUUUUUGUUUCUGUUUGAGAUGAGUCUAUGUUGCCCAGGCUGGUCUCAAAUUCCUGUGCUCAAGGGAUCCUCCCUCUCCAGACUGGGUGCUGGGGCUGCAGGGCCAUAUUGCACUGGCCUCGCUGCCAUGUUCUCUACGACCGAGCCUUGUUUUCCUGAGACCCCCGUGUCUCACGUAGCUGAGGAUGACCUCGAGAUCUGGUCUUCCUACCCCCAGGCGCUGGAACACAGGCACAGAGCCCUUGAGGCUCCGGGGUAUGGUCUUGGGUGAGUGACCCUCACCGAGUCUUUGGGCCAAGGACAGUGCAGCUUACCCUGGAGUGAGGGCACCCGGGCCUGGCCCUGCGCCAGCACCCCUCCCUUUUCCUUUUAUGGCCUUUUUGAGAGUCUUACUGUAUAACCCAGGCCUUCAAUUCCUGGCCAUCCUGACAGACAAUUCUGCCACAGCCUCCUGGACAGAGAAUAUAAGCAUGAGCCACACCCAUUCUUUCUGGUGAGAUCAAAAGUAGGGAUGUUUUUCCUUGUCACUGUCACAGACUUAACUUCCACCCCUCCUCUCAGUAUUCUCUGGACGCUUUUUUUUUUUUUUAAAUAGUAAUUUAUGGGAACAUUCUAAGGAGGCGGAGAGAAAGAAUGGCUGCCUGGCCCCUCCCUGCGUUUGUCCCCAGUGUCUUACUUUCCAGGCUGUCACACAGCCCCUAGGGACCUUACAUGUUUGCUACCUCCACUGUGUUGCACUAAGCCAUCUGUAACCAGCAGUGGCUGCCUUCUCUAGGCUAUGGGUCAAAAAACGCACAAGAUACUAAUUACUGCCCAGCCCUGGGAGACCAGAUUUGCAUUGAGAGACUGAGUUGGGCUUAACUGUUGUGUGUACAUCUAUGCCCUGCUGUUUUGUAAUAACUUACUGUAAAUGCAUGUAGCACUGUCUUAAAGCCUAAGUAAAGACUGCCUGAAACCAGUUUCUGGGAAUUACUUAUGCACACUCUACUCGCUUCCCCAAGGCUUCUUUAUAAGAGUGCUGUAACCUAACUAAUGGGUACUUAACUGGUUGGAACAGAACUUUCGGAGGGAAUGGAAGGAAGUGUUUAAGGAUCAGACAUGCUAGAAUGAAUGGUAAUCAGGAUUAGAGAAAAGCGGAACCGCAGACAGCAGGGUCUAACAGGCCAAGUCUGUCGGAGUGAAGUGGAACAUAAGGAAAACUCACAGGACAGGUUUUCAGUGCUUCAAAGGCAAUGAUUUGCAUCUCUAUCACAAAAUGUUCCUAUCACUGACAUCAGUUCUUAACUGACCUGGUUAGCUCUGUAUACACCCUCUCUCUUACCUGCAAUAAGAUAAAGAACCCCACACCAUUCUUCUCAAGAUUUCUUUAAUAUUACAUUUAAAUAUUCUGUUUAAAUACAGCGUUAUUACAAUGUAAAGAACCUAAAGAGUGAAAGUUGUUUUCAGAGAGCCAGACAAGCUUUGGGUUCACAUUGAGAGUCCGACCUGUGUGCAGAAUCCGAGGAGACAGCAUCCAAGAGCUGCAGCAGUGCACCACAGUUCUAGGCCUAGACUGAGCGACUGGCUCUGCAUCUGUGACACAGGCCCAGCUGUCCCGGCAACCCAGGAACCAUAAAUUCUGUCCAACUCAGGUAGCACCAGAACUGAGAUGGACUAAGUUGUAGAAGAGAUUCUUUGCUUGACAUUAGUCAACGCUAAGUUUAGCACUCAGAAGUUUGAAUCAACAUGGAAUUAAUGAAAUGCAUUUGGAAUAAGAAAUUAGUUAUAUAGAAAUAUCUUGGAGUUGGCUAGUCUUUACAUUUCUUAAUGAAAAUCCAAAUCUAAGGGCUAAGAAAGUUGGAGUCUUAAGGAGGUAAGGGACUGAGUCCCCUCCUGUCCAACAAACUUUCAAAAAGAUUCUUCUUUCCAUCAACAGUCUCAGCUAAGCUUGAGUCUUUGAGUCUGAGAGUUCUAGCCAGGGGUGAGAACACCUUGACCUUCUCAGAUAACUCUAGUGAGACUGGAGAGAGAGCCUAUGCNCUCACUUAAGAAGCCCAACCAAAAAACAAAAACAAAAGCCAAUGAAACCCAAGAAGAGACAGUGGCAGAAUGGGCNGAACACCAGCAUCCAAUUAAAUAUAAGGUCCUCCGAGCUUAGGA